GUCGGCGCAGGGAGCUGGAGGGACGGUCGGAUCUCCGCCGGGAGGCUCCUAGGGGCCGGGGCUCCGAGAGAUUGCGUCAUCCGUGUUCACUGCUGCUCUAGUCACAAUAGCUAGGAAAUGGAAACAACCUAAAUGUCCUUCAACUGAUGCAGGAUUAUGAAAACCUGGACUUACGUUGGAUUUUAGUGAGCUGUAAGGGAAAAUAAAAUCAUGAAAUUUCAGGAUUAAUAUAACAUAUCACAUCUUGAUUUUUCUCUGCCCCUUCUCAAAUCAACAGUAGAAAAAGAAGCAUGUCAGGACACAAAUGCAGUUAUUCCUGGGAACUGCAGGACCGGUUUUCUCAAGAUAAGUCAGUUGUCAAUAAGAUGCAACAGAAAUAUUGGGAAACGAAGCAGGCCUUUAUCAAGGCAACAGGGAAGAAGGAAGAUGAGCAUGUUGUUGCCUCUGAUGCAGACCUGGAUGCCAAGCUGGAGUUAUUCCAUUCAGUUCAGAGAACCUGUUUGGACUUGUCUAAAGCAAUUGUACUCUACCAAAAGAGAAUAUGUUUCUUGUCUCAAGAAGAGAACGAACUGGGAAAAUUUCUCCGAUCCCAAGGCUUCCAAGAUAAAACCAGAGCAGGAAAAAUGAUGCAAGCCACAGGCAAGGCCCUCUGCUUUUCCUCCCAGCAAAGGUUGGCUCUGCGGAACCCUUUGUGUCGAUUCCACCAAGAAGUGGAGACUUUUAGACAUCGGGCCAUCUCUGAUACCUGGCUGACCGUGAACCGCAUGGAGCAGUGCCGGAUUGAAUACAGAGGGGCCUUGUUGUGGAUGAAGGAUGUGUCUCAGGAACUUGACCCAGACCUCUACAAGCAAAUGGAGAAGUUCAGGAAGGUGCAGACACAAGUACGCCUUGCAAAAAAAAACUUUGACAAAUUGAAGAUGGAUGUGUGUCAGAAGGUGGAUCUUCUUGGAGCAAGCAGAUGCAAUCUCUUGUCACACAUGCUAGCAACGUACCAGACUACUCUGCUCCACUUUUGGGAGAAAACUUCUCACACCAUGGCAGCCAUUCAUGAAAGCUUCAAAGGUUAUCAACCAUAUGAAUUCACGACAUUAAAGAGCUUACAAGAUCCUAUGAAAAAACUAGUUAAGAAAGAAGGGAAGAAGAGCACCCCGCGGAGGGAAAGCCUGGAGGCUGCGACACAGGAGCCUAAGCAAUUAAUUUCUUUGGAGGAUGAGAACCAGCACAAAGAAUCCUUUCCUUGUAAGGCUGAAGAAGAGAAAAGUACUCUGUCUUCUAUAGACAAAAGCCCUGCGCACGAUGCAUGCUCAGGACCAAUAGAUGAGCUAUUAGACAUGAAACCCGAAGAAGCUUGCCUGGGUCCCGUGGCAGGGACCCCAGAACCCGAAGGUGGGGAUAAGGAUGACCUCCUGCUGUUGAAUGAGAUCUUCAGUGCUUCCAGCCUGGAUGAAGGAGAGUUCAGCAGAGAGUGGGCUGCCGUGUUUGGAGAUGAUGGGCUAAAGGAGCCAGCCCCCGUGGGGGCCCAGGGAGAGCCAGACCCCAAGCCCCAGAUCAGUUCUGGAUUCCUUCCUUCGCAGCUUUUAGACCAAAACAUGAAAGAUCUACAAGCCUCUCUCCAAGGCUGGUCAGAGAGCAGAGACAGUCCUCACGCAUGGUCAUGGCCAGCACCAAAGACAAGCAAUUCAAAUGACAACAGCUCUGCACUGAAAGAGCCCACCAAGGCUUCCUCGGACCUGACUGCCUGGUUCAGCCUCUUUGCUGACCUCGACCCCUUAUCAAAUCCUGAUGCUGUUGGGAAAACCGAUAAAGAACAUGAAUUGCUCAAUGCAUGAGCAUGUAGCCUUCACCUGGGAGCCCUCGGCCGCUCCGCAGCACCUGCUCCAGGCCUGCAGAAGUCUCAGUAUGCUGUUUUAAUAUUUACGUGCCAUUUUAAUAAAAUGAGAGGGUCAAGGCCCUGUUUCUA